GCAACACCUUGCACACGUGGGAAGCUUCAGGCGUUUACAGGUAUUAUUUAAGACAAGGAGCUUUACCUGCAGAAACACCCACCCACUCAUUCUCUCCCACGCCGCUGAGCCCAAACACUGCAACAAUGCCUCCUCCCGGUGUGUGUCUGAACAUCUUGGAGGCUCGUCACAAGCAAAAUGGAUAUGGGAGCGCCACCAACCCUGAGAAAUUCCUCAACCAAGACUACAAGUCACUGAAACAGUCCUUCGUCAUUCAAGGACUAAGGUACAUCGAUAAGAUGUUCCCCCCUGACAGGAGCUCCAUUGGCUAUGGGCUUCUGAGCCCUUCUGACCUGGAAAAAGUGGUGUGGCUGAGGCCAGCGAAAAUUGCUCCUAAUCCAGCCUUUGUACUUGAUGGGGUGUCCAGGUUUGACUUUGGUCAAGGAAUACUUGGUAAUUGCUGGUUUCUUGCAUCUAUUGGAGCAUUGACAUUCCAGCCUGACAUCCUUGGGCAAGUUGUUCCUCUUGACCAAACAUUUGAUGAGGACUACUGCGGGCUGUUCCACUUCAGGUUCUGGAGAUUUGGAAGGUGGGUGGACGUGGUAAUUGAUGACAAGCUACCAACAAUCAAUGGGAGACUGAUCUUCGUUCACUCCAAAGACCCAAAUGAGUUCUGGCCUGCUUUGCUGGAGAAAGCCUAUGCCAAGGUGUGUGGUUCCUACACUGACAUGCAGGCUGGGACUCCUGCAGAGGCUCUGAUGGACUUCACUGGUGGUGUCCACAUGUGUAUCCAGCUGUCAGAGCCUCCAUCAAACCUGUGGGAGCUGAUGUGCAGAGCUGGCCAGUCCAAGUCAUUGAUGGGCUGUGGUACACCUAAAGGGGACACUCCUGCCAACAAUGUAUUGCCGAAUGGAUUGGUCCAGGGACAUGCCUACACUGUUACGGGUGUGAAGGAGGUGAUAAGCCAAGGGAAACUGGUAAAGCUGGUGCGUUUGUGGAACCCUUGGGGAAAAGGAGAGUGGAGAGGAGAGUGGAGUGAUCAGUCAUCUCUGUGGAAAACUGUGAGUGCUGAAGAUCGGGACAUGUGCCUCUCAGUGGCUGAUGAUGGAGAGUUCUGGAUGACGCUGGAAGACUUCUGCAGGAACUACUCAGAUAUGGACAUCUGCAGCCUGUGUCCCGACUUCCUUGAUGGAAGCUCCUCCUGUCAGUGGAACACGACCAUGUAUGAGGGCAGAUGGGUUGCAGGAACCACUGCUGGAGGAUGCAUGAAUAACAGAGACAGUUUCUGGACUAAUCCACAGUUUCGGGUCAAGAUUCAUGGAGAAUGUUCUGCAAAAAAUGGUACUAAAAACAUGCUGGUGUCUCUCCUGCAAAAGCCUGACAAGAGGAACAGGAGCCAGGUCCAACGUUUCAACAUUGGAUACUCUGUAUUUGAGGUGUCUGGAAAAUACAAAGCACAAAGAGGGAAGUUCCCAGCCUCUUUCUUCAGUACCCAUGCACCUGUCGCCCAAACUACUAAAUUCAUGGACGCACGUGAGGUGAUGGAGUUCUUCCUGCUGAAGCCUGGUGAAUACCUGAUUGUGCCAUCCACCUACAACCCCCAGGAGACAGCCUCUUUCAUUCUGCUCAUCCACUCCAAAUCAGAGACCCAGGGCUAUGAAAACUCUGGUUACCAUUCUCAAGAGCCAGUUGAAAAGAUCAAAAUGAUUUCUAAUGCACAGGAUGUUGAACACAAGAAAAAGGUGUUCCGUCAAUACUCUGACAAGUAUGAUGAGGUGGAUGCUGAGCAGCUCCAGGGACUGCUAAAUGAUCAAAUCCUGAAAGGAGACCUGAAAUCUGGAGGCUUCUGCCUUGAUGCCUGUCGUAGCAUGGUUGCUCUGAUGGAUUCAUCAGUCACCGGCAAACUGAACGGGGAGGAAUUUGUUCGUUUGUGGAAGAAGGUUGUCAAAUACAAGGAAAUAUUCUUCCUCACAGAUGUUUCACGAACAGGAACACUGUCGCUGAGUGAGCUGAGGAAUGCAUUUGUGGCUGCAGGAACAAGGGUCAAUGAUGAGAUUCUCAAUUUGUUGGUUCUGCGCUACAGUGCCUCCUCUGGACACAUGACACUGGAGAACUUCAUCAGUCUUGUCCUUCGCUUGGACUGCAUGCAAAAAAUCUUCAAACAACUGUCUGAUGGAAGAUCCAUGAGUCUUCGUGAGCUUGAGUGGAUUCGCAUCUCAAUGUACACCUAACACAACAAGAGAGAUGGAUUGAUGAUUUUCACUUGGAUAUAUAGGAGCAGAUGUUUCACUCUUUUCUUUAUAUUUGCCUUCUUGCAUAGUAAAGAAAACAUGCAUUUGUCAUGACACUAUGAACUAUGACUACAGGGUAUUUUCUUUUUAGCUUGAAACCUUUUGUAGACUAUGUUAGCUUGUAUAUGGACACUUUCUGCAUGUUAAGAUGACAGAAUGAGUUACUGCAUUUUUGUAUCAGUAGAACUGUAAUGUGGGAUUAUAAUUUAGCUCUGUGCUUUGCAAAAUAAAGACAUUAUAUAAACACAUUUAAGGUUUCAGACAUAAAGAAACAUGCAGACUUUCUACAUUUUAUAGACAAUAAAACUUUAAAAAAUAUCUUGAUCUAUCUUGAUCUAUGAUCUUCCUGUUUUUAUCUGUCACUUAUUAAUAAAUAUUACUAUUACUA